CAAAAGGCCAGAGUGCAAAGGAAACAACAACACAGGUCAACUGUUUAAGAGAACGUUUAGCAAAAAAUGGAUUUCAUUCUUACGAUAGGACUGAUCUCAUUGAUCAUCAUUGCAUAUUUGGUGCUAUGGCCUAAACGCAAUCUUCCACCAGGAUUGCCUUCAUGGCCGAUUUUGGGAAGUCUACCUUACUUGGACAUCAAGAACCUACUGGAACAACUUCUUAAACUGCACAGAAAAUAUGGAGACGUCAUGACAAUCCACAUGGGCAGCAAACCAUAUGUAUUCCUGAAUAGCUACAAUGUAAUCAAGGAAGCAUUUGUAGCGCAGAAGGAAUAUUUCUCAGAUCGGCCAGACAGCCUUUUUGUGAAUAUGUUAGCAAGAGUGAAAGGUGAGACUGGAAUGAUUUUGGCUAAAGGAGAUACUCGCAAUCAUGUAAGGGGAAUCGUUGCCAAAGCACUCAACAAAACCUUCAACGUUGGGAAAACACAGUUUGAAAACAAUGUUAUGGAAGAGGUCCAUGUAUUAUUAGACCACUUGGAUGAAAAAACAAAGCCAUAUGACAUGCGCUGGAGUUUAACAAUGUGCACAUCAAACAUUGUCCAUGUGCUCAAUUUGGGAAAACGGUUUGCAUAUGAUGAUGAGAGCUUCCAGGAACAGCUAGAAGGUGAAAAAGAGCUGUUUGAAUUCUUUAUAAAGGCACAGAUUCUUGAUCCAUUCCCGUUGUUACGCUUCCUCCCUGGUGAUAUAUUUGGUUAUAAAAAAUGUUUGGCUAACCAAACAAUAAGAAACAAAUUCUUCACAAAACAUUUAGAAGAGAAUCAGGAAAAUGACUGCUUGCUUAAACAUUGGAAAGAAAUGGCAAAAGAAGAUCCAAACUCAAUUGAAAUCGAAAGUCUCAUAGUUUUGGUCUAUGAACUUUUUGAAGGAAGUAUUCAUACAAAUAGCUCAACUCUUUACAUUGCUUUGGCAUACAUGCUUAACAACCCUGGUGUACAAGAAAAGAUCCAUAAGCUGAUUGAUGAGAACAUUGGACAAGAUCGGCAACCAACCAUAGCUGAUCGAAAACACCUCCAGUACAUUGAUGCAGUAUGCUACGAAACCCUACGUUUGAUGCCAAUUGGUCCAAUGGGUAUACCCCAUAUAUGUUCCAAAACCACAACAUUGGCUGGAUACACAAUUCCAGAGUCAGCGAUUCUUAUACCAAACUUGUAUGCUGUCCACCAUGAUCCAAAUACAUGGCCUAACCCUGAGAAGUUUGACCCAUCUCGCUUCAUUGAUGAAGAAGGAAAGCUGCAAAAUCAUGAUAAGAUUAUUCCUUUUUCCAUGGGGAAGCGUGUAUGCCCAGGUAAAGAAGUGGCCAAAAUGUCAUUAUUCUUGGUACUAACAUCAUUGCUCCAGAGAUACCACUUCUCAGUGCCCCCUGGUGAGAGCCCACCAAGUCUAAAAGUGAAACUUGGGUUAACAUUGGAACUGGAGACACCCUACAAAGUUUGCAUUAUAAAAAGAUAAAGAUAUGUAGGCCAAAGGGUGUUAAAUUCUGGUAUAUAAAUUCAGACAAUUCAAAAGAGAAUCACCUUUAUAUCUUAUUAAAAAACAUGACAUCAAUUUUAAAUCUUGAAACAUAUUCAAAUUCUAUGAUUUAACAGGACUGACAUUUACUUUAUUCUACGAUAUUCAUCUUUAGGAUUUAUAUACAUAAUUACUUGAACUGUUCUUUAUUAGAGGCUUCAAGGUCAAGGUCACAUUGUUAUAAUUUCUUGUAAACAAAACUAACAUCAAAGAUAUUUAUCAAUAUUGAUAAACAGUUAGGCGCAUCAUUGAUUGAACAUGAGUUAAGUAUCCUUUACAUCAUUGUACUAGUAAUCUUUAUAGAUAGUUUUUUGUAAAUAUAUUUUUAAAAUUUU